CAAUAGCUUGUAAUCCUGAAGGGUUGGCGAGAAUAGGAGUAACUUCCUUGGUGUUCGGACUUCUUGAAGCAAUUAUUUCUCAAAAGCAACACCACCAAGACAAAAUGUCAGAUGUACCUAGUGUUCAAGCUGCCUGCCUAAAGACUUUGAAUGAUGAAACAAAGGGGAAUUGGGAUCGAGAGGUGGAUCAUCAUCUGGAUCGGUUCUUCCCUGACUGGAGAAAUCCAUCAAGGACUUAUACAGUCCCUGAUGAGUUCUCUUACAAAACACGUACACCAGGUUCUGGAGAGCAAGCAGAAAAGAAGUUUUUUGAACUGUUGAAAAAGUUUGGAGAGAGGCGGUCAGAAUGUAUGUUUGUAAUUCACUCCAGUGUAUUUGCCCAGAUGUUUUCUACAUUGAAAAGUGAGCAGGCAGAGGAGUUCUGGCUGACAGGAGAGCAUGAUUUUGUUGUUCUUCAUAAAGAAAAAGGAAUAAUAUUUUUCCAGGUGAAGGCAGCUGAUACAACAAAGAAGACAUUUUCUGAUGGAAAGAAACAAUUGGAGAAGGAUGGACAAUCAUUACAAGCAUUUCUUGGGAGGGACUUGCAAGACAGAAUGACAAAGCACAUUAUUCAGGAGUCGCACACACACCAAGGGUUUGUUACGCCAAGCGGCCCCUCAGUUGGAAACCCUCCUAAUGGUGAGGAUUGUGAAAAUGUAAAAGCAUUUUUUGAAGCAAAUGAACAAUUGCUCCAAAGAAGACAAAGGUUACAAGAGCUUGUUGGAAAUAUAAAGGCCAUUAAUAAUGAGGUUCACAAGUUCCCAGGGUUUGUUGUUAUGCCAAAUUGCCCAUGCCCAAAAGAUUCAGCUACAAAGCCUGCAAAUGGUGUCUUUAUGGAGAAUUGUGAAAAUGUGGAGGCGUUUUCUGCAUGGUGGGACCAAAAUGUCAAGAGGAAGAUGGAUGUCAAACAAGAAUUGUUUGAAAUACUUGUUGAGCGGUUUGUUGGAAUGGCUCUUGGGUUUCCUCCUCCCCUCGGUGAUUCAAAUAAGAUGAUCAAAAAACAGUUAGAUGGUUGCAUGGAAAGGGGCUUGGAAGCUCUUUUGUUUACUCCAAUGGAGCAAUGGAUAUCAAGCGUUUGUGGGAGAGGAAAAAGAUGGUUACUCACUGAGAAAGUAAAAGAACUUUCGCAAAAGACAGAUGAGAAUAUCCUUGUUGUUUGUUCCAGCAAGCCUUUGUCAAUAAAGCUAGCCAAGGAAUUUAAUCUUGCAAAAGUGGCUAGUUUUGAGGAUCUUCUCUCGGAACUUAGUGAGCCUGAAUCCUGUUUUGAGCAGAGGAGGGAAGGACGUGUAAGCAAGGUACUGGAAAGGUUGGAAAAAGGAACUGUGCCUGUUGAACAUUAUGAUCACAUAUUUGUGUAUGAGUGUGAGGAUCUAUAUGGUGACUGGCCAGUUCUUUUCGAGAAGUUGUUAAAGGAUGUUAAAGAGGAGUACAGGAGUACCCAACACCUUUGGUUCUUCUUCGAUCCAAAUAAGUUCCUCUCCACACAGUUUGAAAGACACUUGCAAUUUCUCGAGAGAGGCACAAGGCUCUUCAAAGUUUAUGGGAGCACGCAAAACAAUUUUAAUCAAGUUAAGAAAUAUUUCGAGACAGCUGUUUCAAGUGCAAAACUUCCCGAAGCAGGGCACACACCAUAUGGACUCCCGAUUCAGUGGAAUGACUCACUCACAAGAGAUGACGGGGUGGAGGCUGGAGCAAAACUUAUUAAGGAGUAUAUCGAAGGCUUCCGCAGAGAGAAAGUCAAGGACAAGGAGAUAUGCAUUCUCACAAUAAAUGAGGAGGUUCGAGGUAGCAUCAUUUCAGAGCUCGAGAGAAUCCAAGUUCAGUGCCAAAAUGCCACAGAUUGCUAUAAAAAUGGUGAAGAUAAAGUUGUGGUGGAAAGCAUAAGACAAUUCAAAGAACUGGAUUCAAAUGUAGUAAUUCUUUACGACCCACCAUAUUGUUUGGUAUCUAUAAUAGAAAAUGCUGGAGCAAAACUUGUUAAGGAGUAUAUCAAACAAUUCCGCAGAAAGAAUGUCAAGGACAAGGAGAUAAUCAUUGUCACAAUAAAUGAAGAGGUUCGAGAUAGCAUCAUUUCAAAGCUUGAGGAAAUCCAAGUUCAGAGCCAAAAUUCCACAGAUUACUUAAUAAAUGGUGAAGAUAAAGUUGUGGUGGAAAGCAUACGACAAUUAAACAGACUGGAUUCAUAUCGCGCAGUAAUUAUGUACAACCAACAACAUUGUCUCUUACCUGGGACAGAGGAGCAUGUGAAGUCACUUCUGUAUUUAGCAGUGUCUAGCUGUGUUUGCAAACUGGUGGUUAUCACCACCAAACGUGGUUGUAAGGCUUUGAAAUCAGAAGAAGGCCUACUGAUGAUUAACAGUGCCGAAGAGAUGAUUAACAUUGCCGAAGAGAUGAUUAACAUUGUUUCAUUUAUAAUUGAGCGUGACGUUCCAGAGACCUUGUAAAGCAGAUGUGUGAGGUCUGUCCUCCAAGUUCAGAAACUGUGAAUAUGAUGAAAAGCAAGCCUGCACUGCAGGCUUGCCUUUCGUUAUAUUCACAGUUUCUAAACUUGGAAGACAGACCUCACACAUAUGCAGUGCAGGCGUCUUGUUAUUGUGACCGUCACUCACCCCCUUGGUACAAAUUACCUUCUCUCUCCAGCCCUCCACUGCCAUAAAAAUCUAAGAUGGCGGCCAUUUUUCGCUAAGAAAAAACUAAGCACUUGCUUGCUCAAAUUACGUCUGCUCUGCAGGCUACGUACAGGCCUAAUGGCUUUGCAUUAGAAUGAAGCACUGAAAUGUUUUACUAUCCAUUUAGGCAGCUAAUGGCGGUCUGGGUAAGGUUAUAGAGCACUUGAGAAGUGCAAGUCAAUCGCCUCAUAUAGCUGCUCGAAUUUGAGCAGAUUAUGACUCAAAAAUGGCUGCUGAGAAAGGAGAAGAAAGCUUAUCAAGUAAGAAAUUCCCACAAUUAAGCUGCUUUAGCUUGCUCUGGCUUGAUUGGAACAAUGUCAACCAAAUUAGAAGUGACACUAAGAAAAAGUAGAUAGUGAAACUAUUGUGCAGUUAAACCUGGAGGCAGUGUGGUCGAGUGGUCAGCGUGUCGGACUCACAAUCCACCACUACCGGGUUCGAGUUCCACCCUGACCACUACCUGGAUUUGUUUCAUGGAAGCUCCGAGUUCAAAUGGCCAUGCUUGUAAAUAGCCAACUGGUU